AUGGCUGUUUAUGCUCUCACAGGUUUCUCGCUAGUCAGCCUGCUUAGUUUUGGCUACUUGUCCUGGGAUUGGAUGAAACCCAGCUUGGUAACGGAUGUUUCCAUGGACCCAAUGGAGAAAUCGCUCCCUCCUGCCUUUUCCAAGCCACCUCACAUCAUCUUCAUUCUGACUGAUGACCAGGGGUACCAUGAUAUUGGGUACCAUGACUCAGACAUACAGACACCAAUGCUAGACAGGCUAGCAGCAGAAGGAGUUAAACUGGAGAAUUAUUACAUCCAGCCCAUCUGUACCCCAUCCAGGAGCCAACUUAUAACGGGCAGGUACCAGAUCCACACGGGCCUUCAGCACUCCAUUAUCCGGCCCCGGCAGCCCAACUGCCUGCCCCUGGAUCAGGUCACGCUGCCCCAAAAGCUGCAGGAAGCCGGCUACUCGACGCACAUGGUGGGCAAGUGGCACCUUGGCUUCUACAAAAAGGAAUGCCUGCCCACCCGGCGAGGCUUCGACACCUUUCUGGGCUCCCUGACGGGCAACGUGGAUUACUACACCUACGACAACUGCGACGGACCCGGCGUCUGUGGCUACGACCUGCACGAAGGGGAGAACGUAGCGUGGGACCAGAGUGGGAAGUACUCCACCUUCCUCUAUGCCCAGCGAGUGAGCAAGAUCCUGGCCACCCAUAACCCCAAGGAGCCCAUCUUUAUCUAUGUGGCGUUCCAAGCCGUGCACACGCCCCUGCAAUCCCCCAAAGAGUACAUCUACCGCUACCGCUCCAUGGGCAACGUGGCUCGGCGCAAAUAUGCCGCGAUGGUGACGUGUAUGGACGAGGCCGUGAGGAACAUCACCUGGGCACUCAAGAAGUACGGUUACUAUGACAACAGCGUGAUCGUGUUCUCCACGGACAACGGCGGGCAGACGUUUUCCGGGGGAAGCAACUGGCCUCUGCGAGGCCGCAAAGGGACCUACUGGGAAGGCGGGGUCCGCGGCAUUGGCUUUGUCCACAGCCCCCUGAUCAAACGCAAGCGCAGGACCAGUUGGGCGCUGGUCCACAUCACAGACUGGUACCCUACGCUGGUGACCCUGGCUGGGGGCAAUGUGUCUGAAGCCGAGGGCCUGGAUGGGUACAACAUGUGGCCGGCCAUCAGUGAGGGCAAGGAGUCCCCGCGCACUGAAAUCCUACACAACAUCGACCCCCUCUACAACCACGCCAAGCACGGCUCCCUGGCGGGCGGCUUUGGCAUAUGGAACACAGCUGUGCAGGCCUCCAUACGGGUGAGGGAAUGGAAGCUGCUGACUGGUGACCCCGGCUACAGCGACUGGAUCCCGCCUCAGAUGCUGACCAACUUCCCAGGGAGUUGGUGGAACCUGGAGCGGCUGACGGACAGCGUGCGCAAAUCCGUCUGGCUCUUCAACAUCACGGCCGACCCCUACGAGCGCGACGACCUGUCGGACCAGCGCCCGGACGUGGUCAGGGCUCUCUUGAAGAGGCUGGUCCAUUACAACCGGACUGCAAUCCCGGUUAGGUACCCGGCCGAGAACCCCCGGGCCCACCCGGACUUCAACGGUGGUGCCUGGGGGCCGUGGGCCAACGAGGAGGAAGCGGAGGAUUGGGAGGGAGGUGGCGGGCCGCUGAGAAAUAAAAACAAGAAGAAGAAGUGCAAGAUCUGCAAGCUGCGCUCCUUUUUCCGGAAGCUGAACACCAGGCUGAUGUCAAACCGCAUCUGA